CGAGUUCUGGAGUUGGCGCGGUAGUAGCGCGCUCUUUUUCCAGUCUGAGUCUCUCCUUCCUUCGGCUCUGAAAGGCGGCCAUGAGCCUGUGGGUGGACAAAUAUCGGCCGAGCUCGCUCAGCAAAGUGGAUUAUCACCGUGAUCAGGCGGCGCAGUUGCGCAACUUGGUUCAGUGUGGUGACUUUCCUCAUCUGUUAGUGUACGGACCAUCAGGAGCUGGGAAAAAGACCAGAAUAAUGUGCCUGCUGAGAGAACUGUAUGGCUCUGGAGUAGAGAAGCUGCGCAUUGAACAUCAGAGUAUAACAGCACCUUCUAAAAAGAAAAUUGAAAUUAGCACUAUUGCAAGCAACUAUCAUCUUGAAGUUAACCCAAGUGAUGCUGGAAGCAAUGACCGGGUGGUAAUUCAGGAAUUAUUGAAGACAGUAGCACAGACGCAGCAACUUGAGACAAGCACUCAACGAGAUUUUAAAGUGGUGCUGUUGACAGAAGUGGACAGACUUACCAAAGAUGCCCAGCAUGCAUUGCGGCGAACCAUGGAGAAGUAUAUGGCCACCUGCAGAUUAAUUCUUUGUUGCAAUUCCACAUCAAAAGUCAUUGCACCUAUCAGAAGCAGGUGCCUUGCAGUGCGAGUACCUGCCCCCAGCAUUGAUGAUAUCUGCAAUGUAUUGUCCAGUGUUUGCAAGAAGGAGGGUCUAUCUCUUCCUCAAGAACUGGCUCGGAGGAUUGCAGAAAAGUCUGGCCGGAAUCUCCGAAAGGCACUUCUAAUGUGUGAGGCCUGCAGAGUACAACAGCUUCCUUUCACCCCUGAUCAAGACAUUUCUGAGACUGACUGGGAAGUAUAUGUGAGAGAGACAGCAAAUGCCAUUGUUAGUCAGCAGACUCCGCAGAGGCUACUUGAGGUUCGUGGGCGACUUUAUGAACUCUUGACCCAUUGCAUUCCUCCAGAGAUUAUAAUGAAGGGCCUUCUGUCUGAACUCCUGAACAACUGUGAUGGGCAGCUGAAAGGAGAGGUGGUGCAGAUGGCAGCUUUCUAUGAACACCGACUACAGAUGGGCAGCAAGGCUAUUUAUCACCUAGAAGCAUUUGUGGCUAAAUUCAUGGCCGUCUAUAAGAAGUUUAUGGAAGAUGGACUGGAAGCCAUGGUGUUCUAAUGUGCAGAUUUGAACAUUCAGAUGUGAUACUGAAUGGCAGUAGUUUGUUCAGUAUAUCAAAUUAUGUUUGACAAUAAAACAGGAUGCGUUGAUUUUCA